UGUAAGGAACCUCCUGGCGGCACCUCUAGCAGCCCACUGGUCAGGCGUCCCCAGAGCGCGGAGUCUAAGUUCCGGUUCACUUGUUCACCAGGGCUCCUGAUGGUGGGGAUGGACUUGGAGUGCACCGAAACCAGGUUGCGGCUGCUGGGUAUACCCACCAGUGAUAGAGGGGUUCGCAGAGGUCCCUGCAGGGUCAGAGCCUGAUGUGAGGAGGCCGGGAGACCCCGACGGGAUGGAUGGAUGAGCGAGUGCAGGGUCAAACAAGCCGAGUCGGGAGCCAUGGGGUCGGUGCGGUACAAAGCAGCGGGCAGAGAAUGGUCAGGUCACACGCCAGGUUCAGCAACGGGAGGUCCAAU